CUCCUUUAGAAUCUCUAAGACUUGAUCCAUUACCUUCAUUAUUAACAACUCAAUCUUCUAAUAAUGAAAGUGAUGAAGAAGAGGAAGACGAAACUGAUGAAUUAUUACCUUCACCGACUAUUUCAAAUUUAAUUAAUCACGACGAAGAAAAUCAGAAUAAUAAUAAUUCCUCUUCAACUACUAUCGCAAAUUCACCAACAUCACGAACAAGUAAAUUUCAUAAUACAAAUAAUUCCGAUUUUAUCAAUGCCAACUCAAAAAAGAAAAGGAAAGGUGGGCACGAUCAUGAUUAUGAAGGAGGUGGUGAAUCUUCUAAAAGACAAAGACGUAGCGGUAUUCAUAAGAAUGUUUCUUCUUCUUCUACUUAUUCAUUAGGAACAACUAUGACCACAACCAUAAAUACCAUGAUGAUGAUUGAUGAAAUCGGGUUGUAG